AUGGAUAAGUUAAAUUGUUGGGAAUAUUGUAAUCCAUCAAAUUUCAAGGAUAAAUUACCAAAACCAUACAAGUAUAUAAUUUAUAAAUCCUAACAGUUUCAUAAACAAGAUUAUGAAUACAAUGAUUUUAAAUGAAGUUUAUAAUAAAAUUUUCGAAAUUGAAAAGUAUAGAGAUGAUCCAAAUUAUGAAGGAAAUUUAAGAACUCUUCCACCUUAAGGGAUUUUUGAAAUACCAUAAUUAACAUAUAUUAGUCGAGAUAGUUCAGAUAAUUUAAUAGCUGCUGGUGAUUCAUAGGGAAAUUUGAUGAUACUUGAUUUAAUCAAAAAGAUUAGAAUUGCAAAGAAAGAAACAAAUGGUAAACGCAUUUUAAAAGUGUGUUUAAGCGAUAGGGAAUAAGCUAUGGAUGAAUAUAAGAAUGUUUGUGCGUAAAUGUUAAAUAUUAUAAAAUAGAAUUGGAGUAAUACAUCAUAAUGAUCCAACUGUUUAUAUUUAUCGAUAUAGAAUUAAUGAAAAUAAAAUUUAACUUCAUUAUACAAUUACAAUAUCUAAAGAUAAAAAUUAAAUAGGUGAAUAUCCUGUAGACAUAAAUAUUAGUUAAUAUUGCCAAUAUAUAUCAAUUGCAUAAUAUAAUGGUUUUAUUAAAGUAUUUAGGAUUCCAGAUAUUAAAAUUGAAAAUCAAUAGACUUUUAAUUAAAAUAAUAAUAAUAUUGAUGCUUAAAGUCCUAUAUAAAAUUAAUCAAAGAUGGUUGGCAGAGUUAGAGAAUAUCAAUAGAUUGGAACUCAAUAAUAAUAGAAUGUUAAUGUAUAGAGUUCACCUCUUGAUAUAUAAUGCAUAGAACUGACUGAUCUAGUGUAUUAAGUGAAAUUUAGAGGAGUAAAAAAAUAGUUGAAUUAUAAUGGAAUACUUGAGAAAAUGAAAACUGAAAGUAUUAAGGAAUCAUAAUAAGUGGAAGAUAAGGUAGAUCUAAAGAAGAAGUCUGGUGUUCCUAAUAAAAAAAAUAUAGAAUCAUCAUAAGUAGUAGAAGAGAUAUUAUAUGAUGAGAAUUAAAAUACAACUUAGAUUAGUGAUGAAGAUUAUCCAGAAUAAAAAUUUAAGGCACUAGUGGAAUUUGUUACAGAAAGAUUAAAUUUUUAGAAUGGAAACAGAACUUUUAAUGCUUUCAAAUAAUAGGAAUGUGUUACUGGUAUAGUAGUUGGAUGGACAAAUACAACUAUUUUAGAAAUACAUAAAUUUGCAAAUGUUUGUAAAUCUGCAUUACCUGAGUAUUUAAAUACUUAGUAAAUUUAAACAACUAUUUAAUAGAAAAUGAAACAAUAAAUAAUUGAAAUUUAAAUUUUAUAUCCUAUAAGUUCUUUAGCAAUAUCAAAAAAUUCAAUUAAUUUAGGUGUUGGUUUAAAAUAAGGGAGUGUAUUUCUUUAUGAUCUCAUAAUGGAAUAAGAAAAAUGUUAUUUGGAUAAACAUAUAUAUAGUUGUACUUUUAUGAAAUUUUGUGAAGAUAAUAGAUUAGUAUCAGCAUCAUAUGAUGGUAGUGUUAAUAUUUAUGAUACAUAAGAAUGUAAAUUAUUAUGCAAAAGAACUUAAUAAUUUAGAAAGGGAACAAGAAUGAAAAUUGAAGAAUAAAAAUAAGGAUUAUGGAGAAUAAUUGGAAUGAGUGUUAGUAAUACAGGAUUGGCAGUUGCUUAAGAUGCAUAAUAAGAAGUUAGAAUUUAUGAUGUUUGGCAUGGUGAAAAGAUAGCUAAAUUAUCACCUUAAUAAGUAAUGGAUGAGAAAUCAAGAUAAUGGGUUAUAGAAAAACCAAUUGUAGCAUGUUUUAAAAAUGAAAUAUUAAUAUCUGCUUUUACUAAAAUGGAUUCUACAAAAUAAACCACAUUAUAAAUUUUUAAGAUUUUUGAUAAUCUUGUUAAUUUAUUUCCUGGUUUGGCUAAUAUUUAUAGGAAAGGAGUGAAUAAGGAAAAAAUUAUGAAUUUAUUUUAGAGAAUAAAUAAAUCUGAAUUAUAAAAUACUUCAUUUGAAAUACCAAAUUUAUAGGGUCCAUCAUCAAAUUAAGUUAGAAUUACUGGAUAAGAAAAUAGGGCAUCUUUAUAAAGACCAGGGUAUAUAAAAUUUAUUUAAAUUUUAGAUCUAUUCAUAAUUCAAAUAGAAGCAAUAAAUUAAAUAAAUUACCAUCUGCUAUUAAUUAAAAUGGAAGAUAAUCAAGAGCUAUUUCUUUGGUUAAUUCACUUUAAAAAUCAAAUUAAUCUGAAUAAUAAGUUGAUUUUAAUUCAUCUUUUUAAAGCAAUAUACCAUCCUAAUUUACUUAUAGAUAAUAAAAAUAAAAUUCUAAAUAAAUUGUUCUUACUAAAGAAAUACUUCAUCCUGAACAGUUUCUAUUAGAAAAGCAAAAGAUAUAAAUUCCAUUUUUAGUAAAAGAUGAAUUAGAAAUGGUAUAACAUUGUAGAAAUAGAAAUUUUGAAAAAUUAGUAAGAAUAGAGAAAGUGAGUAAUAUGAUUCAAUAAGUGGGUUAAAAAUUGGCUAUAGAAGAAGAAAAGAAGAAACUAUAAAAACGUUACCUUCAAUUAUCGAUUGCUAAGUGA